AUGAUGCUAAAAGAUCUCCAAAGAUGCUUAGAGAGCAUGAUUCAUAAUCGGAAUCAAGCAUAUACAUACUUUAAUCCUCUUGGAAGGUCCUACUCCCCAGGAUUUCUCUCUGGUUAUCAAGAGCAAAGGACGAAGCCCUCACUCCCAGGAUUCUUAUCAUCCGACGAAGCUUUUACAUCUCGUUAUGGCACAACUUUGAUUAGCAAUUUUAAAACCAAGACAACUCUGACGAAACCAAGAAGACAAAAGGACUCAGAAUUCCUAGUCAAUCCAACCAAAAGACCAACUCUUACCUCCUCCUCAAGCCACGAAUCUAUUAAAGAUUCAAAGAAGAACGAAAAGGAUAUCGGGAUAAUUGAAUUUUUGAUGUCUAGCCUGCUCGAUACUCUCGACAAAACUUCUAGCUAA